AUGGAGGGCUGUGACACAACGCGAGAGUGCUUCAAUGCAGAGGUGAUAGAAGGAGAGCUUGUGGCUCAUGACGGGUCGGAGGAUAUGUCGUCCAGUGGAGGAACAGAGGGCACUCCGAUUGGCUUACAACAGGCUGGGAAGGAUGUUGAUGAGGUUGUAGCCGAGGAGCACACACCUUGUAGGCAGAGCACUGCUGUAAGCGACUUGGAUAGGGUUUCAGCCUCCAGGGAGAGGUAUCGAGCUGAAGCUAUAAGGUUACAGGCACGAGUGAGGGACUUGACCGUUCGGCAAGAGCAAGUAGCAGAACAGGCUAAAGCCAAGGACGAAGCUCUCCAUGAUCGUGAUAAGCAGAUUACUCAGAUGCAACGGACUAUAGAGAAUCUCCGCUGUGAAAAGCUGGCAGCGAAGUUAGAUGCAGAAAAGGUCCGCCAGCAAGCCUCUUCAACGCGGUGUCGUCUUAUGAAGCACAAUGGCAAUCUAGUGGAAUAUUCGGCGAAGUUGCGGUCCAUAAUUCAAGAGCUACAAGCACAGUUGAAGGUGAGUAAUGCCUCGAUCAAGGCUAUCCAAGAUGCGGCUGAGGACCUCUCACUUACUGCAAGGAACUCUGUUAUUCCAUCGAAGGUUGUUGAUGAGCUCGUCACGUCGUUACCACCAUCACCGUCGCCGAGCUUGGACGACGACAACGGUGAUGAUGAUGAGGGGGAUCAACCGAUGGAGCACCAAGGGGGCGAGCCUGGACGGGAAUCGUCAGCGUCAUCGAAGCGAGCGGUAAUCAAUGAAACUGAUAGUAGUGAUGCUCCUAAUAAACGUGUGAAACAAGAAGAGUUUGAAGGGUAUCUUGCCGACAUCGAUGUAGCCAAGAAGAUGAUAACUGUCGCUUUUCAAGAUAACAUUUGGGCACCGAAGACUGUACCCAUGUCGGAGGCACGGUUAGUGCCUUCCUUGAUGAGCAAGGCACGCACCUCUGCACAUGACUACAAGCCUAUAGUGGGGGACACUGUUGAGGUUCGAUCCCCGGCUACACCGCAUGCUCCGGCCAGUUGGUGGACUGGCGAGAUCGUCAGCAUUCGAGCUGAGGAAUUCUUCUAUGUCAAACACGCCGAUUUACACGAGCCUAUCAUCGUCGAACGAGGGAACCUUCGUCGGCCAGUGGGGCCUCUUGAGGAUGGAACCGAUUCCGUCGGAAGCUCGAGUCCAACGAACCUAGCAGACUUGAAUUCGGAGAGUGUCAAGUUUCCGAAGGUCCUCGGCGAGUGGGUAAUGAGUGAUGACGGUCGAGGUUGUCUCAACCAAGUUGCAAUCAAAUCUGGCCUCGUCAAGGCAACGCCUCGGGCCGAUCCCAAGAGCGGCCCUUCGGUGACCCUAGUUGGCAGGCAGCGUGAUAUCCAUCGAGCCAAGUUGCUGCUUGACGUCCACGUUAAACACCAAAAGGAAAUCCAAGGUUUCCAUGACAAACGACAAGCAAUGCUCGAGGCCAUGUCCUCUCGUCGUGAGAAAUUGGAGAGUCAAGAGUCGACGUCCUUCAACAUCGGUGCUGAGUUGGUGGGCGUUAUGAUUGGCAAGAAUGGGGCUCACAUCAGUCGGGUUAUCAAGGACUAUGGGGUGGAGGUGAAUGUUGCGGACAAGGGCACAGCCAAAGACCCUCAGACUAGGAAAGUGGUCAUAUAUGGUCCCACAGUUGGAGCUGUCAAUAAGGCUAGAGCUGAGCUCGAAUACCUUAUCGAGAGGUAUCCAAUACCGCAGAAUUGCAUUGGUUGGGUUAUUGGCCGCCGUUUUGCGACUCUGCAUGAAAUUGCUGAUUCUGCCAACCUGAACUAUGCCAAGCUCGAGGAUACGUCUCAUUCGCCUUGUCUGGUCCUUUGUGGGAGAAGACAGGACCUUGACGAUGCCAAGUUACUCCUGGAUAGCCACCUACAGUAUCAUGAUGUCUUUGAGGAUAUGGCUAAGGAGUCUCGACAGCUCGGUGAUGAGUUCUAUCGUCUAAGUGAUAGACCGAUCUCUCGACGAGGAGGAAAGGGCAAAGGCAAGCAGCGUCACUGUAGAAGUAAGAGCGGUGAAGUAGAUGGUAAGGGCAGAAGUAGAGGGUCGUCUGACUCGACAAACUCAACUGGAGGUGGUCGACCUAGUCGGCCUGAAAGACGGAAAGGGUCGAGCGGCGGCUCGCGGAAUGCUGAAUCCAUGGGGAAGAAGUGGGCCCAAGUAAAGAAGGAAGGAGCACCAGUGAUCGCUAGUUGA